AUGUGGCACAAAAGCCGUACAGCAACCCAUACUGCACAGACACGUAGGAUGCUUCAAGAAGACACUGUUCUUGCAGAAGCAGGCGAAAACAGCGCUUUUGAAGCGCAUAUAUAUGCAAAAAACGCCCCUCCGAGGCGCACAUAUCUUCACAGAGCGCCAACAACACGUAUUUUGGCAGACAAGUCAAAUACAAUGCAUAUAGGCGCCCUAGAGGCAUACAAGUGUAUACAGGAGAAUACACAGGCUCAGGUUGUGGCAGAACGAGAAAAAACGGGGCAAAAUAGUAUUGGGAAUGAGAUUUUACAGAAAAAAGAGUAUUUAGGAGAUAAAAAAGAAUAUUUCUUGAAAAAAAAGGAGCUCCAGAAGGUGAAAAUUCCUAUAUCGAAAUUACGAAAGAAAAAUAGCAGGUAUAACGAGCAGGAGAAGGGUUUUUGUGCGAUAGAUGGGGGAAAAAAACGGAAUUUGUCGAGUACAACGGCUCAGAAUGAACGAAUAGAGUCAAAGAAUAAUCCACAUGUAGAUAUUAAUGAUUUGCCAGCAAAUAUCCUGGAUGAUCUGUCUUUUCAACAUUUGUCGCUGGAGGGAGAGCCUGUAGCAACGUCUACGCCAAAAGAAAAGAAGAAAAAUCAAGAACAGGGUGUUUCGGAAAAGGCACUGGCAGAGGUUUCUCCAUUAGUGCUUCCUGCACCGAGAUGUCUAGGACGGGGGCAGGAGAUGCAGAAUAUGGUGCAACAAGGACAGGAUUUGAAAAAACCAACGAAAGAACGGCAGAAAACGGCAGAAAACAAGGUGCAGACGAAAUAUAUAAGCAACAAGUUAAAGAAAGGCGGGUUACUUGUAAAGCGGUUACGGAAACCAAUUACAUGCAACAGCAGUCUUGAUGACGAAAUUAUUACGACGUUUUCGUGA